AUGGAUGACCAGUUUGACCAGACUUCUCGGCCAGCUUACCUCCAAGUGCCGCAGAUUGUCAUCGCCGGUGCACCGCCGCCCUCUCCCGCCGUGAACCCCGAGUCGACACUAAACGUCGCAGAGCCAGCCACUAUCAUCAACUCCGCCCCUGAUCACUUGCAGGUCAAUGGAAGCGACAUGAUUCCACGUCACCAUCACAACGAUGUUGAAGAUGCUCUUAUGGAGGAGCUUCUUAUGGAGAACCUUGUGGAGGACCUAGGUUUUUGCCAUGACUUAGGUCUUCCAUGCGGUCAGAAUUUCUGCCUUGUUUGUGGACAACUUCAAGGCGAUGUGGCAGAACCUAAUGGUACAUCUCAACCUGUUCCACCACCCCUCGAUUUUACAUAUAUACCAGAGGUUGACAACUUCCUGUCUCACUCACCCGCCCAUCAGCUAGAGCCAGUUUUCCCACAGACUUCCCAUGUCCCUGCGCCGUCUGCUCAGAAUGCACCACUCCAAGACCACACGGGGUCUGCUCCUGUUCCAGGCCAGACCAGCUCACUCGACGUAUACCUGGUCCGCGAACGAGACGUGGCUAUUGGAUACUGGAAACCUCACAACCCACCUCCAGGCCCCGAACGGCUCAUGCCUACGGAGUUUUCGGACGACAAGCCUGACAAACCUGGCAUAGAUGCUGUACGGAUUGGUCAAGUCGGGAAUCCUGCAGAGGAUGUGUACAUUAUCACGGAGCAUGGCAAGUCGCUUGAAAGGAAAUGGAGGACCAAGUUGACAGAGCAAGACGGCAACUCGACCGACCAAACCGACAAGAGUUGCAACGAGAGUACAAAGGACAGUACCGAGCUGCAAACCGGAAACGCGUACGCGAGUACCACCGAGAGUGGCGUGAUGCCAACCGGGAACACGUACGCGAGUACCAGCGAGCGUACGAUGCACGACAACGACAGAACCGGAACACUAUCGAGAGUACGAGAAUACCAAGCACGACAACGACGGGCCGGGACCACUAUCGACAGAACCAGAGGGAGUACCAAGCACGACAACGACAAACCUGGAACGCUAUCGAGAGAUCAGACCGAGAGUGGCGUAAUGCAAUCCGGGAACAAUAUCGAGAGUACCAGCGAGAGUAGCAAGCUGCAAACCGGGAACGAAUACGAGAACGAGUCCGAGACCAUCGACAACGAUCACGACAACGACAAACCGAACGCGAAGCCCGAGAUGUCUGCGCAGAACAGAAGAUCAGCGUGA